GGCAGGAUUUGGUUUCUAGACAGAGAACAUUCACUCGAUAGUGUUGCCCCUUUGUGACCCAAGUGGAUAGUCAGAGUUCAAGGCCCCAGGAUGUCCCAGUUGGGUCUAGAAAAUGAGUUAUUUGCGUCACUCUGCCGUGUGGCGGAAGGGGAUCCAAGAUGGUUCCAGUGUCACAGAUCUCACAUCUCCAGUCUCGAGCCGGUGCUCUGUCAACCCUGUGCACACCAGGUCAUUGUCCCAAGUGGAGAAGACACCAAGUUAUUUGCGUAACUCUGCCGUGUGGCAGAAGGGGAUCCAAGAUGGUUCCAGUGUCCCAGAUCUCGCAUCUUCAGUCUCGGGCCAGUGCUCUGUCAACCCUGUGCGCACCAGGUCAUUGUUCCAAGAGAAGAGGACACCAAGUUAUUUGCAUAACUCUGCCGUGUGGCAGAAGGGGAUCCAAGAUGGUUCCAGUGUCCCAGAUCUCGCAUCUUCAGUCUCGGGCCAGUGCUCUGUCAACCCUGUGCGCACCAGGUCAUUGUUCCAAGAGAAGAGGACACCAAGUUAUUUGCGUAAAUCUGCCGUGUGGCGGAAGGGGAUCCAAGAUGGUUCCAGUGUCCCAGAUCUCGCAUCUUCAGUCUCGGGCCAGUGCUCUGUCAACCCUGUGCGCACCAGGUCAUUGUCCCAAGUGGAGAAGAGAUCAAGGAUAACGGAAGAUUUGAAAGCUGACUGGUGUGAUUUAUUUUCAAAAUGGAGCAGUAAACUGCCCAGUUUGUCAGAGGAGGAAACUGAAAAAUUCCAGAGGGCUGUCAAAGCUGGGAACCUCUCAGAAGCCAUGUCUGUGGUGAACAUGUCUGAGGUCAUGUUAAGAAAUACCAAGCUCAACAUCGCCAUCACAGGGAACUCGGGCUCUGGGAAGUCGUCUUUCAUCAAUGCCAUAAGAAGCUUGAAUGAUGAUGACAGAGGCGCAGCUGAGACUGGGGUGACAGAAACAACAAAGGAUCCAACUGCUUACCCCCAUCCCAUUCACCCAAAUGUGAUUGUGUGGGACCUUCCUGGGAUCGGAACAACGAAAUAUCCGGCAGAAACAUACCUGACCGACGUGAAGGUUUGUCGUUAUGAUUUCUUCAUCAUCAUCGCAGCUGUGCGCUUCACAGAAGCUGACACCAAACUUGCCAAAGAAAUCAACAGCAUGGGGAAGAAGUUUUACUUUGUCCGUACCAAGGUGGAUGCGGACUUGGUUAAUGAACGAAGAAAAAGAGAUUUCAAUGAGGAGAAAACUCUAGAGGCAAUCAGAAGUGACUGCAUGGAGCAGCUACAAGAAGCAGGCAUCAGCUCCCCACAGGUUUUCCUGGUGUCAAGAUGGGACUUUGACAAGUACGAUUAUCCCCAACUGCAGGAGACUUUGGCAAAUGACCUCAACAUUCACAAGAGACACAUUCUCAUCUGUGCCCUGCCCAGCACCUCUGAAGAAAUCUUGAAAGAGAAACAGAAGGCCCUGCAGGAACAGAUCUGGAAACAAGCCCUGAAGUCGUGCGCUCUCGCCGCUGUUCCUCUCCCAUUUCUCUCCGUUAAGUGCGAUGUCGACAUCUUGGUGGAGAACAUGAGGGAGUAUUGCAAGUCCUUUGGCCUGGAUAAUGAUUCCAUCAAAUCACUUGCUAAACAAGUUCGGAUGUCUGUUACUGAGCUGAAGUCUGUGAUAAAGUCCCCUCUGGCCAAAGAUAUAACAAAAGAAGAGGCUUUGAAGCGGCUCAGAGAGGCUACAGGGGAACCUAUAAUGACAGUUAAAUAUUUUAUCAGCAUGAUACCACUGAUUGGCACUGGGAUAGCAGCAAAGAAAUCUUACAGUAUCACCUAUGAAGUGCUACAUACGUUUUUGGAUGAAGUUACAGAAGAUGCUCAACGAGUCCUGAAAAAGGCUUUGGAGGGAGCAGAGAAUAACCUAUAAGAGUGUCCCAAGGCAGAGCUUCUCCCCAGCUUCCCAGGAUAAACUGCCACAGCCCCGGUCUCCUUUCUGCAGUUUGAUUGUCCCAAAUGUAAACAAACCAAGAGACAAAACCAUUUUUCAGCUCAGCCUUCCACUGCCGACUUUCACGGCCUCCCCUCCCAGGGGUCUCUGGCAGUCCUGCUGCUCCUGCUUCCUGGCUCUCUCUCAGCCAGCCCCUCCUCAGUGGGUCUCUCUAGGGUCUGUCCACACUGCACACUAAGCAUGGACUCUGACUUGGGUUGGAUCCUCAGCCCCACUUCCUUCCACAGCCAAAUCAGUCAGACUCGGGUCAGUGAGCAUGCAGGAGCAGGUUGUAAGACUCUGAGUCCCCCAAGCCCUGUUAUUCUGCAAUGUGGACGCAGCUCAAGCUGCAGACCCAUAUCAGAAGCUCUGUGUGCUGCAGUGCGGACGUGCCCAAGAUCUGGGUCCA